CUCCGACCAGCUGCUUCGCCCGCUCCCGGAAUGCUCGGCGCGGCGCGGCCGCCAUCUUAUGUGUUUCCCGGAGCCUGAGGCCGGGAGCUGGUGCGAGCGGCGGGGCCGGGGCCGGGGCUGGGGCUGCUGCAGCCGGCUGGAGGAUGCCUGGCGGAUAAAUGUGGCCCCAACCCAACACCCCUCUGCUGUUGUUGCUGCUGAUCGCGGUGGUGGCGAAGCCGGAGCGGCCAGGCCCACGGCUAGGUCUGGCAAGACUUCUGCCAGAGCUGCGUUGUACCUCUGGAGAAUUUGCUUGUAAGACUGGGACUAUUCAGUGUAUUCCUCAGAGCUGGUACUGUGAUGGCUGGCAGACCUGUGAAGAUGGCAGUGAUGAACUUGAUUGUCCAGGAGUAAUUGCUGAUCACCGGGUGCACCACGUAAAGGAAACCACUGACCUGAAACAGGCGCGUGGCAGGACUGCCGAGGACACCCGCUUCUACCCUAUCAAUGUGGCCCAGCCCUUCCAGUUCACCCGUAAGUGCCCAACAGGCUGGCAUCACUAUGAGGGCACAGCAAGCUGUUACCGAGUUUAUUUAAAUAGUGAGGACUAUUGGGAUGCUGUCCAGACAUGUCAACGAGUGAAUGGAUCAUUGGCCACGUUCACUACUGAUCAGGAGCUGCGAUUCAUACUGGCUGAAGAAUGGGACCUGGAGGAACGGACGUUGAGUCGCAAGGACCAGCGCAGGUUCUGGGUUGGCUAUCAGUACAUGAUAACAAACCGAAGCCACACCUCACUAGAAGGGCAGUGGGAAGUAGCUUAUAAGAGCAGUUCCACGGAAGUCUUCCUUCCCCCAGAACAGGUGCCAACGUUUGGAAUGACCAUCUCUGAGCAGGAGAAUGUGCUGUGCGCUCAGCUGCAAUGCUCCCACUUCCCCAGCCUGCGGCACCACGGAUUACACAGCUGGUAUGCAGAGAACUGCAAUGAGAAGUCGGCAUUCCUCUGCAAAAGAAGUCAAACCUGCGUGGAUAUAAAAGAUAACGUGGUAGACGAGGGCAAGUACUUCACUCCAAAGGGUAACGAUCCAUGCUUGAGCUGCACCUGCCACAAUGGCGAGCCCGAAAUGUGCGUAGCCGCUCUGUGCGAGCGGCCACAGGGGUGUCAGCACUAUGAAAAGGAUCCAAAGGAAUGCUGCAAAUUCACCUGCCUUGACCCAGAUGGCAGUGGCAUUUUUGACUCCAUGGCAAGUGGAAUGCGUCUGAUCGUAAGCUGCAUCUCCUCCUUCCUCAUCCUGUCACUGCUCCUCUUCAUGGUCCACCGGUUACGGCAGCGACGGAGAGAGCGUAUUGAGUCUCUUAUUGGGGGCAACUUGCAUCAUUUUAACCUCGCCCGAAGCAGAAUGCCAGGCUUCGAUUACGGUCCGGACAGCCUUGGAUCAGGCCUAACUCCGCUGCAUCUUUCUGAUGAUGGCGAGGGAGGAGCAUUCCACUUCCAGGAUCCCCCGCCUCCGUACACGGCUUAUAAAUACCCAGACAUUCAGCAUCCCGAUGACCCUCCGCCACCAUAUGAGGCAUCCAUCAAUCCAAACAGCAUGCUUUGUGUCAGCCCAGAUGGUGGUCACGGCCGGGUGGAGGAACAGAGCAGCCAGCUUCCCAUGGCCGAGGGUGUCAGUGGAGAGCCGACGGACGCGGGCAGCUUCACUCUCCGUGCCGUCACUGAGGAGCUGGAGGUCUCAACCGGCAGCGUAGCUUGCUGGUGCCGCAGCCUGCCCACCCAGAGAGCGCGGCACUGAGUCGCAGUGGUCACUCCUCAGUAAACACCGUUGUAUAAAUAGGAAGGGAGGGGGAUUAAUCAUUGUUUUAUGGAAUUUGGGCAAAUGUUUGCACAGUGCUAUAUUGACAAUACCAGUCAGAUGACUUAAGACUUUGGUUCUGGUAUCCAGCAGAUUUUCCCUGUUCUGAUGAAUGAGUUGAUCAUUUGUGUAUAUAACUGAUGGAAUGCAGCACGUUUCCCAGUUCAACGGGUAUCGUAGGACUUUAGAACCCUAAACGGCAGCUGUUUUUUUUUUUGGUUUUUUUUUUAAUAGACUUUACAUACAAAUACAGGGCUUAGAAUCAAGAGGCUGGAAGAGAUUUGAGGAUAGGUGGUUUUGUGUGCGUCACCAACCUCUGGCGCAGCCAGGGGUCUCAGACUGCAGUGGGACCAGGCCAGUCCUUGAGGAGUGCCGAGCGAUAUCUCCAGACAGAGGCCAGUGUAACUAGAAGCCGGUGGGCGCUGUCACUGGGGAGCGGCCCGUAUAACAGGAGGGUGUACCCGUUGCUGGGAGUGGAGCGGAGUCCCAGGCAGUUUGGGGCGGGGAGGUGGACUGGUUCUGAGCCCAGGGUGGAAUCCCGGGAGGGGUGUACAGCAGUCCCACGGGCACUCUAAUAGGGUAUGAUGUGCCGGGUGGGAGUGGAGCUCUGGAGUAGGGGAUAUUGCCUGCAGGCUCACGGCAGAGGUGCUGGUUUGCACGUUCCGUCUCAGCAGGAGGGGUUACGGUCUUUGUCAGCAGGUGGCUGCAGGUUUCUUUCACACCAGGUUGGGGGGGGGGGGGGGGGGGGGGGGGGGGGGGGGGGGGGGGAUUGUGUGAUUGGAUCUCACAUUGGGCGUGGGUGUACGUGUCACUCGUUGCAGGCUCCUGUGUCGACGGAUGGGGUUAAGAGCCUGAGAUGAUGGUAGUGUACCAUGGUGGCAGGUCUUGGCUCACUUAUAUUUUUUUACCAGUACUGUAUCAGUACUAAUGUUCACUGAGCUAGAGUGGAGGGGGGCUACUGAUGGGGCUAGAGUGGGAGUUAGUCCUGUGCAUUACAGAGUAAAUGGGCAAGCCCUCUCUCCAUUCUAUGCUCCCUGCUUCCUCCCCUGGAGUUCUUCACUGAUGUUGAUCAUUGUUAUGGAUGCAGUUAAUAAAGUGAAAUGGUCAACAAUGCGGAUGUGGUCUAAUGAUCACCUACACUGAUGUGAUUGAAAUGAAUCAGUGCUAUUAGUGCUGUAUAUUGAUGUGGUGGAUGAUAGUCAUGUUAAUGUGAUCUGGUGAUACUUAUCAAUGAUUUUGAUGUUGGUUGAUGUGGUCGCUGGGCUUCUGUUGACCUGGUUGCAGGAGGCAUUUUGUUGGGGGAAAAUAUCCAUUCAAAUGGGGUUUUGGGAAUUCUGCACUGUCUUUGUAUUGGCUGCUCACAGUCUCUCCUCAUUCCUCGAUUGUCUCAAAUAAACACAAAAAUGUGCACAUGUGCUCACAACCUAAACACCGCAGUUAACAGACAUUUGUAGUUUGUGAUUUGAACUUUCUGUGGCAGUGGAAAGAUUUUGAUACUCAGUGAAUACCAAGUAGAGAUUAAAUUUGAUACCAUUAUUAGGUCUGUGUGAUUGUUCAGGAGUUUCCAUUUUUCACUUGUUCUUUUACUGCAUCAUGUAAGGACUGAUUCAAAUGUCUUGUACUUCUGUUAACAAAAUGAAUGCCAAAUAAAUUCUGAAGUGGAGAUAA